UGAUUAGUCGAGACGCACCGGCUCCGUCCACAUCGCGGUGCCGUUCGGACCCAUCGGACUCUCCAAACAUUCAGGACCCACACGGAGCGCCCGCACCACAGGGACACGAAGGUUAGGGUCAGAUCACCGAACGGGCGAAGAUGAUUAAGCUGUUCUCCCUGAAGCAGCAGAAGAAAGACGAGGAAUCUGCUGGAGGAAACAGAGCCGGAGCCGGGGGGAAGAAAGCCAGCGCGGCCCAGCUCCGAAUACAGAAAGACAUCAAUGAGUUGAAUUUGCCAAAGACGUGUGAGAUCAGCUUCCCUGAUGACGACGACCUCCUCAACUUCAGACUCAUCAUCUCACCGGACGAGGGCUUUUAUAAAGGAGGGAAGUUUGUGUUCAGCUUCAAGGUAGGACAGGGUUACCCCCACGACCCCCCCAAGGUCAAGUGUGAGACAAUGGUGUAUCACCCCAACAUCGACCUGGAGGGGAACGUCUGUUUAAACAUCCUACGAGAGGACUGGAAGCCCGUGCUGACGAUAAACUCCAUCAUCUACGGUCUACAGUAUCUAUUUCUAGAGCCAAACCCUGAGGACCCGCUGAACAAGGAGGCAGCAGAGGUUCUGCAGACGAACCGGCGGCUCUUCGAGCAGAACGUCCACCGCUCCCUGAGGGGGGGCUAUGUUGGCGCCACCUACUUUGAGAGAUGUCUGAAGUAACUCGGACCUCCCCUCUCCCCCCUCCUCCCUUCCCUGCCUGACCUCCCCCUGCCUUCUGAGUCCUGCUGCUCGACUGAAGCGGGAGAUGCAGCAACUCAAAGCAGCACGCAGCGAGACGCUUUCCGGUUUUAAAACAAAAGAAGCCCCGCCCCCUCUCCUCCAUUGCCUCGUCUGACCCCUCCCCUUCCUCCUCCUCCCACAUUUCUCUGUUUUACUUUCAACAAGCAAAGUUCAGUCGUUCAAACGACAUACAACUGUCCGGACUCUGCCGAGGAGGAGGAUGGAAGAGGAGGAAGGGGCGGGGGGGUUUGUUUCUCUGGUCGGCAUCACAGCGCUGAUGAUAUUGAUGCCCACAACAUUAUUUUUGUUUGUUUAUUCUGGUUUUAUUGUUUGUGGCAAACACACCUGACUUCACGCAGGUGAACAGAAAGACACGCCCACCUCCACCCCGUCACCUGCCGGUAUUCAUUAAUUUCAGCAGCAAACUCCAAACACUUCCUGCUUCGUUCUCACAGGAAGGAGAGGGGCGGGGCUUUUCAUCCACAAAGAUGGUGGAUGUGCCUAAAGUUUUUCUUAAUGGAUUUUAGUUUUUAGGUUUUGAAGUCUUUUGCUGCAGGUGAAACUGGUAGGGGAGGAGCUUCAGAGUCAUGGGGAGGGACCUUUUCCGGUCAGAGUCACAGGGAAAUAUUGCUUGAGGGAGGGGAUUGUAAAGUGGGAGUGGCUUGUGAGGAAAAGAAACAUGCCUUUAGUUUCUGCAGUGGCUGUAGUUAGUU